GACUGGUACUUAUCAAUUCAAAAUGUUCGUAGAUAAUUUUAUUAUAAAAUUGAUAAACGAAAAUUGAAUUAUCAGCCUUGACUAUAAAGGGCAAAGUGCGUACACGAUUUAUCUUCAUCAUUACCAUAACCUAAAUCAGGGUUUCACCAGAAAAGAAUCACACCAAUCAAUAAUUUUGUAAUAAUUUGUGUAGGUAUUCACACCACUACUUGUCCCUGGAUGAAUACAAUUUUUCCACCUAACAAUCUUUUCAUUCUUCUGGGUAAAAAUAGAUUCCAAGAUGACUAACAGUGAAUUGCGUAAACGAAAGAAUAAACAGCACAAUGAGGGCCAAAGUAAGUCAAAUAAUCGAAAGCGUAAAGAUAAGACUGUUUCUUCAAUGCAUACAUCACUUCUGUGUUUGAUCCUGAGUGGCACAAUUCUAACAUUAUUUAUAGUUUUAUACACAGAUCAGAUUCCAUGGUAUAUAGGCCAUAGAGCUGUAGACACUAUUGCAAAGCAAUUUGGCUACCACAAACCUGUACAUGCAGUAGUAAUUGAUGCAGGAAGUACUGGUUCACGAGUGCUUGCUUUCACCUUCCAUGAGUCUUAUUUUGGAGGGCACCUAGUUCUGGAUAAAGAGCUUUUCAGUUAUACUAAGCCUGGACUCUCAUCUUUUGCCAAAGAACCACAAAAGGGGGCGGCGACGAUAGCCAACCUUCUGGAAGAGGCGAAAAAUGAGAUCCCCGAGGAGUAUUGGCCCACGACGCCUCUCAUCCUGAAGGCCACCGCCGGCCUGAGGAUGCUGCCGAAGCCGGAACAGGCCGAGAGACUGCUCGAUAGCGUCGGGCAGGUGUUCAGGAACACGCCCUUCUUGACGAGGGAAGAUUCCAUUGAGAUCAUGAACGGCACCGAUGAAGGGAUAUUCUCUUGGUUCACUGUCAAUUUCCUCUUAGAAAAACUGAACGGCGACCCGACGUCGACCGUGGCCGCUCUCGACCUUGGCGGCGGAUCCACGCAAGUCACCUUCUACGCCGUGACGCCGGCCAGUCUGAAGGAAACGCAGCGCAUCCACCAGGCAGUGUCGCCGCGUGGCCCCAUUCCCGUCUACACGCACAGCUUCGCCGGUCUGGGCCUGAUGGCGGCCCGUCACGCCGUGGUGACGCUGGGCCAGGGGCGGGAUAAGAACGUGACGAGCGCGUGCGUGAAUCCGAUAGUGAGGGGCAGGAAGUUUAGCUAUCACGGUACCGACUAUUUCGUUUCGGGUCUCCAAGAAAACUAUCCUACUUCGCACAACAAAGGCAGCGAGACCGAAGUAGGCGAGACAGUUCCCAUCGUCAAUUUCCAAGAGUGUUCCCGAAUCGUCGCCGAUUACGUGAGCAGCAAAGCCAAGCCGCCGGAAGAACUACCGCUGAAAACGAUUUUCGCCUUCAGUUUUUAUUUCGACAGGGCCACCGAAGUCGGUUUGAUAGAUGAGUCAACAGGAGGACAAAUCAAAAUCAAGGACUUCAAGAAUACUGCAAAGAAGGUGUGUCAUGAAGCGAAUGCUGACCAACCGUUUAUGUGUCUUGAUCUCACGAUCAUCUCUGUCCUAUUAGAACAGGGUUUCGGACUAAAUGAAAACACCAAGAUUUUCCUGUAUAAGAAAAUCAAUGGUCAUGAAAUCAGCUGGGCUCUUGGAGCAGCAUAUGAUCUGUUGAGGAGAUAAUCCAGAAUUUUUAAAAUUGUUGAAUAGUUUCGGGUUUUACUGCACUUUUUUGUAUCUGUCCAUCAAUUUUUUUCUGGAUAGGUUCAUACUAUGAAACCUAUAUAUUCCAAUUCUAGAGAAGAAUUAUACUUUUCUACAUUGCAUGUAAUUAAUCUCUAAUUCUGUUUUCGGCUCAAUCUGGAAUUUGUUAAACAGAUUCACACGUAUUUCUCACUACUGUACCGAACGGGGUACUUAUUCAUCUUGUGAGAAUAAUCAACACAAUUAUAUCUAUGGACCGGAUUUUUUUCGCGUUUUUUUCAUAUAUUACUUUCAAUAUGUGACGACGAAAUAGGUACAACGAUUUGUGUGGAAUAGUACCGCACGAUGUUUGGAAUAAUAAACACUUGAGGCUACUGAUUAAACCCACUUGUAAAUGUAAAUUUUGACAGCGUUAUGCAUGAUUUUCUUGGCUACCUGUCAAAUUCAAGGAAACUUCAUGAAACCUGUCACUGAUCAAAAUAGACAUGCCUCAGCUCCAAUUUGCGGCCUCAUUAAAUGCCUGCGUAUACGUUUUAGUGUUGCCUUUACGGUACAUAAUAUUAUCUACUAUUUUUUUGAGGUUGCAAUGGUAAUAUCUGAUAAUUGAUGGGAUGUUCAUUGGUGGCUAAGCAUUUGACGUUUUGAUUCUGUUGUUAAGUGCCUACCUAUAAUUUUCAAUAAGUUUUUGCAUAGAGUCUUGCGUUUGAAAUAACAUAUUCCAUGCCCCUACUACAAAUAAUUAUGACAACUUUUGGAUAUUUGCCAUUUUUUUCAUAAUUUACUUGAAGAACGAGAAGGAGAUGUUCGUUUCAUAUACCUUAUAGAUUCUAGAAGAGGGAAUGAGAUCGUUUCGUUUGGUUAGACAUCUGUUUUCGCUAAAUCAUUGAUAUAUAACCAUCGACCGUGUUUUUGUGAUUUUAUCGAUAUAAAAACACAUAUCAAGAACCACUACGACCUCAGUCAUUUCCUAAUUGAAUGUCCAAUUCGAAAUUGGAUGGACAAUAUUUAGCUCAACACGUAGACAUACCUACAUAUAUCUUAAUUUCCACUACCCGCAGGUUCCAUCUAUCCAUAUUAUAGUGGUUUCUAAUAUUGAAAACAGUGUGAAAUAUACCAAUAGAGAAGAAUCUUCAACAUUGAUUGAUUGCCACGUGAGAGAUAUGUAUAUCCAAGAAUACAUCCGUAUCUCUUUAACAUUUGUUUAAAGAAAUGACGAAUCAACCCUUAAGCUUACUGUGUCCUCAAAUGGGGACAGUCUAUUCUAUUAUGAUUUUUGAGAAGCUAUGAUUGUUUCCACUGUAAUCUCAUAGCAAACUACUAAUCAUUUUAGUGUUUGAUAAAUGGCCAGAAGUCCUCAAACUGAUGAAGAGCUCUUGUAGUUGACUGAAGGAAGGUUUCUAGAUGGAAUAUUAUAUAUCUGAUGCGAUUGCAUAAUAUUUUGUGUGAUGUAAAGUUCAGAUAAUUCUCACAUCAUUGGCUCACACUAGAGUGAGUAUAUUGAAUAGAGUGGCGACAAUAGUCCUCAAGAUGACUGCCGUUUCCGGAAUAUCAUUCGUGGUCAAGUCAUUGAAUAGCUGAAAAUCGGAAGGGUAUCUCACAUGCAGUAAUGAAUUUGCGCCUUCGAAGUGCCCACCUGAUGUUAGGUUUGAUAUUUGAUAUUUUCAUUUCAUCAUCUAAAUAAUCUGAGACUGAGUCCCAUAUCCGUAUAGAGUGUCAUGUCUCAUUGUUGGAUUUUUUGUGCCCAAAGAGCAAGAUACAGUGACAAAGCGUUGACAAUGUGAAAUAGAAUACGUAGAAUUGAAUGGAGAAACCAAGACAUUCGGAUGCACCUCCAUAUUAGAGGUUUGACCAAUCAAAGAGUGCAUCACUAUUGUCGCCACUUUGUUUUAUAAAGCCACUCUAGCCCACACUAUCCACAUUUGUAGACAAAAGCUCUUAGACCCAAAGGGUCAUUGCGAAUUUAAGCAUGAUCAUAUCAAACAUUGAAAAAAAAUCAUAGGUACUGUAUACAAAUUAUCAGCUUUUCAUCUUCAAAGCUAUUAAUUCGUGAGCGAGAUGUAAGAACGAUCACGUGUUACUCAAUAAUUCUGAAGGCACGUUUUAGUUUUAUGAAAGUGAAAAACAAAGAGAGCAAAGGAAAAAUAAAUGCUAGCAUAGUACCAUAAUAACCAUGCUGUUUUUAGAUGCUAAACAAAUUAUUGUUAUCAACAAAUAAUUCAAAGUGAGAAUGAAUAGUUUGAUAUUUUAUGAAAACAGUAAAAAAACUACUGGCAGUACAUAUGUGCACUUUUAUUGAUUUCAUUUGUCCUUUCUAGACAAACCAAUAACAACAAUAAUAAUGUGUUAUUCAUGCUUGUGUCUCGUACAUUUAGAAGCUAUUAGCACAACAAGCAGUCAAUUAUAGUAAUAAUCAGUGGUGCAAUAAUUAUGCCAGAUCAUGUUGAUUUCCGUUGUGCCGGUAUGAGAUCUGAAUGGUUCCGAUGAUAUAUACUUUGGUAGCCUACAGGGUUAUCCUAAUUAUUUAGUGUCCAACCAUUGGUAACUUUGUUAUUAUCAAAGAUACGACAACAUUGUUUAAAUAAGCAAACUUGCAGUAUUUUCAACGCACCUUGAGUAUAAAACAAUCGAACAGAUACAUCACAUUUUUGAAAACAAUUUUUUAAUUCUGAUCAAAACUAACAAAAGACCAAUACACACUAUCAUUGCAAACUGAAUUGUCCUGAGGUGGCGUAUGGAGUUAGGAAUUAUGUCUGCACAGAACACACCAUUCAGAACACUUUGGGCUGAAGCACCUCUCGUAAGGUCGUUGGUAUAUACAUACAUACAUACAUACUAACGAAUUACAUAUACUACUAACAUGAACCAAGUGACACUGGUCAUUGUCUAUAUAUAAAAGUUUUAAUGGGCUGGAUCUUUUCCAUGGUAAGUUGCCCCAUCAUUGAAAAGCAGCAUGUUAU